AUGAAAAUCCAAAAGUUAAAUGUACUAAUUAUUCACUACCUUUCAAGCUUUGCCUAUUGCCAAUUUAAGAUACUUCAAUAUUUUUUUAAAAACCUAUUUAAAUAUCACCACCUUCGACUCCAGAAGAAAUCUACAGAAUUUAACCUAAGUCUAGUCGCAGCACUCUUCACAGCAAGAACACUAAUGUGCCAUCAGGUAACUCAAACUCAUAAAGGAUUCUUCAAUAAAACAUUAGUUUUCAUCUACCUAAAUUUCCAAAAAGUAUUUCUCCAUAAAAAUUAUGUGAAUAAUACAAAUCUCCUUUUAGAUUAAAGGGAUAUACCUACAAUAAUAUUGAAAGCCCUAUUUCAAUACGUGUACCUAAUAGAAGAGCAACUAAGUUAUGCUCUAAGGUUUUGUAAAAGUAUAAGAAAAAGUAUUGUGUAUGA